AUACAGUAAGCACUGUCUGCCAAAUGACACUAAAGAUUCUAAUUUGAAAUUCAAAGUGAAAUCGGAUCGAGUCGGGGGCCUCAAGCGGCGCCGAUCCCAGUGGACAAUUAGCGGAGAAUUUUGAGCAAAAAAAAAAAAAAGCAAACAACACCCGACGACAACCACAAUAAUCAGACUCCGAUAAGCUCUGAGCCGCCGGAGACAAACAAAACCGAAUAAAUGGAUCUACUGGGACCGGCUGGGAAAUCAGUUGUGAUUCAGCUGGCAAAUCAAGCAAAGUACCGAUUCCGACCGCUAGAAACAAUGGCCACCUACGAGCAGGUGAAGGAUGUACCCAACCACCCCGAGAUCUAUCUGAUUGAUGUCCGACGUCCGGAUGAACUGCAGGAAACUGGUAGCAUUCCGGCCAGCAUAAACAUACCCUUGGACGAACUGGAAAGGGCCCUUAAUCUGGACAGUGCCAGCUUCAAGAACAAGUAUGGACGUCCCAAGCCGGAGAAGAAUACCAAAAUUAUAUUCUCCUGCAAAUCCGGAAAUCGUGUUCUGGAGGCUGAAAAAAUAGCCAAAACUUUGGGAUUCACAAAUGUGGUCAUUUACAAAGGAUCCUGGAAGGAUUGGGCCCAAAGGGAAGGCCUUUAAACAAUGCCAGUUUCUUAGCCAAAAUGCCAGUGAAAAUAUAUUUUUGAAAAUUAUGUUAAAAAAGUGGUUUUUCU